GGUUAUUCAGUCGGAAAUCUCGACACGGACGAGCUCGUCUGCAGAGCGAACUCCGCAAACCAUCGCAUUAUUGUCGUGAACGUUGACUACCGCCUUGCUCCUGAGUUCCGUUGGCCAAUAGGGCCAAACGAUGCAUAUGACGCUGUAAAAUGGGUAGCUUUGAAUGCUCAAGAGCUACGAGUUGAUCUUAAAAAAGGGUUUAUCGUCGGAGGCCUAUCUGCAGGCGGAAAUUUCACAUGUACAAUAACCCAACGUGCUCGUGAUGAUCCGGAGCUUCAAGGCAAAAUCACAGGUCAAGUUUUACAGGUUCCGGCAACCAUCACGCAUGAAGAGGGAUUCCCUCCAGAGAAGUUCAAGGACAAGUUAAAAUCUUAUGAACAGUGCAAGGACGACCCCAUACUCAGUCGUACAGAGAUGGAUUUGUACAUGGGUACGCGUCGAUGUGCCUAUCAGCCUGGUGAACUGAACCAUCCUCUGGUGUCUCCUCUUCUCGCGAAGUCUUUCUCUGGUCUUCCUCCUGCAUACGUUCAGAUUGCCGGAGGAGAUCCAUUGCGCGAUGAAGGUCUCCUUUAUGCCCAGAUGAUGCAAGAAAGUGGUGUACCGACUAAAGUAGACGUGUAA